AUGGGGAUAUUCGACGAUUUUUUUGAAAAAGCAAGAUCGUUUUUGGGACAAGAGGAAGAAACACAGCAAACAGUAGGUUUUAUAUUACUUUGUUUUGGCUACCUUACAUUUGGGGAAAAUUUUAUUUGGGGCCUUUCAUUUGCGGCAGGUCGGGUAUUGGCCCAACAUGUAUCAGUCUGUCGGGAAAAUAACGGCGGAUUGUCGCAGCAGAAUGUCUCGCCUCGCCGCUAUCGCGCACCAAAGCCCCAGCCGCGUCUUUCAGUCGCAGAGCGAUGAUGGGCGAUUCCGAGGCGCGACGAUCCGCCGUUAUUUUUCCGACAGACUGAUAUAGCCAAUGUCGCAAAAUUGUUAGACCAACUAGCCAAUGAUUGAAAUGACAGCCAAAUUUUUUAAAGGGCUAGCCAAAAGCCUGGAUUCGCUAGCCAAAAUCUUAGAAUGGCUUUGAAGUCUCAAAAAAAGCUAGCCAAAAGGUUGGAAUUGGUGUCAAAGAGUAGGCGUAACACCGUGUUUUUUAAAUGGCCAUCCAAAAAGAGCAGUAUAAAUAAAACAGUGCUACACAUUAAUCCAAUACUAGGGGCAAAUACUUAUUUGCUCCAAAUAAUAGGUUGCGGAUUAUUUUAUUUUCAUGUUUUUAGAAAAAAUGCUAUUACGAAUUGUUGGAAGUUCCACGAGAUGCGACAGAUGAUGAAAUCAAGCGGUCAUAUCGAAAAUUAGCUCUGAAGUAUCAUCCGGAUAAGGUGGAACCAGAGCGUCGAGAGGAAUGCACGGCUUACUUUGUUCUCCUUCAAGCUGCUUACGAAGUUCUAAGUGAUCCACAAGAACGAGCAUUUUAUGAUAAACAUAGAGAAAACAUUAUUCAGGGAUGUAAGUAGUCGAAGUUCAUUUCUACUGCAUUUUCAGCUUCCCCGGAAGAGAAAAAGGACACGGGUAUCAAUCUUUAUCCAUUCUUUCAAAAAUGCUUUAAUGGAUUCGAAGAUGAUGAGGACGUGAGUGUUCUAAAAUUUUGUCUUAUUCAAAUCGUCUUUCUUCACGGAUCAUCCCGGUUAUUUUUUCAGGGGUUCUACUCAGUUUAUCGUCAAUUAUUUGACAAGCUUGCUGCUGAGGAAUAUCCAUACAUUGAAGAUGAAGAAGAUCGCGGAUUUCCAUCGUUUGGAUAUGCGAAUUCCGAGUACGAUCAAGUUGUUGGACCUUUCUAUGGAUUCUGGAGUUCGUUUUCAACCCUCAGGUCGUUUGCUUGGCUUGAUAAGUACGACCUGAGGCAGGCUCCUGAUAGGUAUACACUAAAAUGCAUGGAGAAGGAGAAUAAGAAACUCAGGGAUGCUGGAAAGAAGCAAAGGAACGAAGAAGUCAGAGAUCUGGUGGCGUAUGUCCGGAAACGAGACAAACGAAUUCAGAAGUAUCGGGCAGAACUGGAGGAUCGAAAAUUAAAAGAAUUUGAGAGAGUUGAAAAUGAAAGAAGGCGACAAAUUAGGGAAAAUUUGGAACGGUUUAAAGACAAUGAGGUCGUGGAGAUUAGCCAAGAUCAUCUGGAUGACUUGGAAAAGUUGGAAACCGAAUUGGACGAGCAGUUCGGGGCCUUGGAAUGUGAUGAUGAUGAUGCCGAAUUCUUUUGUAUUGUUUGUGAAAAGAAAUUUAAAACUAAGUAAGUAAUUUUCAUCCUUUGUUCAGAAUUUUAUGAGUGCAAUUUUUAAUUUGUCUUUAGAAAGUCUUUCCAAAAUCAUGAAAAAUCGAAGAAACAUAAGCAAGCUGUUAAUGAACUUCGAGAGUUUAUGAAUGAAGAUGAUCAGACUUUAUUUGGAGAAGGUGAAGAAGAAAACGAAGACGAAUUACAACAGAAACAAGGGAAAAGAAAGAAAAAGAAGAAACGAGGAAUGACUGAGAAGUAAGUUUGGACUGAUAAGAUGUGUGUGCCACCAUUAUUCGUAUCAUUGUAUCCACGUUUAGACCAACGAAUGAAGAACAACCACAGCCGAGCGAAGCUUUACCAGAGGAACGAAGCCCCGAAGAACAGCCUUUGGAGGAGGCCAAGGUGGAAGAAAAGGCAAAAAAAGAAAAGAAACGUAUGUUUUAGAUGAUGCACAUGUUAAAUCAAGAUGGAUGACCAUUAAUUUUUUAUUUUAGGUAAGCCCAAAGAAGCAGAAGGUACGAAACAGGACGGUCCUACAGUCCCUGUGCCUUCUGAAUGUCAAGUGUGCAAGUUGGAGUUUCCCUCCAGGUCCAAAUUGUUCGCUCAUAUCAAAGACUCAGGUCAUGCCGCACUGAAGACUGAGGUCACAGUCCCAAAUACGACUCGGCAAAAGAAAAAGAAGCGGUGAGACUGGUAUGUGUUAUACUGAUGUUAUAUUGUUAUGAAUAAAAAAGUUUUAACAGUUGUUUUGAACGGGCAGCUGGCCCAGGUCCCCCUUUUCUCCUGAAGAAGAAGAAAGUCGAGCUGAUCCGGAACCCAGAGGGUGCAGUGAUCAAAAAAACUAUGGAAAACAGAUAG